AUGCACGGCGAAGGGUACGACGCCGAUCCGCCGCGACGGUACGCUGCAGACGGCAGAAGGGAAUCCGACUCGCGGCACGACUACGGUCGGGAUUCUUAUCGCCAUGAGGGCAGGCGUGACCGCCGCUCCAGGUACAGUAGGAGAAGCAGGUCGAGGAGCAGAGACAGGAGAAGCCCGUCGCCGAGGAGCUCACACCGCGGUAGGUCGAGGUACUCGCGCGGCAGGGAUGAUAGGCCGCGGCGGUACGAUCGCCAAGAGCCGGAAGGCAAGGAUUUACGUGAGGAAAAGCGUGAGGAAGACGCUGACGCAGUGGCGCUGAACCCAAACCUGUCGCCGAGCCAUGCCAGGUCCAGGGCAGCGGAGCGCCGCAGGAGGAAGGCGCAGGCGGAUUGCAUUAGGCGUGCUGGAGGUUUCCAAAAGCUCGCAGACCAAGAAGGUCAUGAAACCGUGCGACUCUUCUGGGACGGGUUCCAGUGGGUGGCAAAGACCGGGCAGGCCGCGCUCAUGAUGAACACCGACUCGGCGUACAUGAACUCCACCAGGAAGUUGAGGAGAUUGUACUUCGGUAAUUUGCCGUUGGCCGCAGGACUUACUGAAAACGCGUUCCAAAACAUCGUGUGGAAUGAAAUGAGGACGCGUAACUUCUGUAACGACCCCAAUGUGUCACCAGUGCUCUAUGUCUGGUUCGCCAAGGACAAGGGCAACUACGGUUUUGUUGAGUUCGCGACGGUCGAGGAGACUGAGAGGGCACUGACCAUGGACGGAAUGAACUGUAUGGGUGCACAAUUGCGUGUCUCGAGGCCAAACGACUACUCAACGUCGGGCGCCAAGCAGCCCAUACCUGGUAUGCAGCUGCAGAACAUUCUACCUCUGGACGCCUUCAAGGGCAGCUGCCUCAAGGUGGCGCAGAUAGUGCUGCCGGAAAGCGUGCAGAAGGAAGUCGAGUAUCUGGACGUACUCACAGACGUCAUAGAGGCAUUCGAAAAGCACGGCAAAAUCAAAACGUGCGCUAUAGUCACACCCAGGCACAAGGACAUCGCCCCCAAUCUCAAGCCGGGAGACGUCAUUGUGGAGUUCGUGGACCGCGAAUCGCUGCUUGCCUGCGUACAAAACAUGCAACAUCGCAAAUACGAGAAAAGGCAAAUACAAUUUGUGCCAAUGGAUGACGAGGACUACAAGCACGUGGCAGAGCCACUCAUCCUAGAUCUGGAGGCGCUGGAACGUGAGGCAGAGUGA